AUGAUGACAGCUUUACCCAGAGUUACAGUGAGAGUAACACCAGACAGAUCUGUGUUCAUUGGAGAGACAGUCACUCUGAAGUGUGAGAUAGAGAAUCAGUACAGAUCAUUAAACUGGAGAUAUCAGUGGAGGAAAGACACACAGCGUUACACUGAAAACAGAGACUCCCUCACUAUCAGUAGAGUUACUCAAUCUGAUCAGGACCGGUUCAGCUGUAGUGCAGAGAUACACGGACGACCACAGACGUCAAUAUCAAGCUCUGUUGAUCUUACUGUGAAAGCUUUACCCAAAGCUACAGUGAAAGUACCAUACAGCCCUGUGUUCAUUGGAGAGACAGUCGAUCUGACGUGUGAGAUAGAUCAGUACAGUAACUGGAGAUAUCUGUGGUAUAAAGGCACAACUGGGACUUCAGUGUUUGAGGGAAACAUCUACACCAUCAGAUCACCAUCAGAUCAGGAUAAGUUCAGGUGUAGAGGAGUGAGAGAUGGACGACCCUCAUACUCACAGUACAGUGAUCAUGUGACUCUCUCUGUUAAAGCUUUGCCCAAAGCUACAGUGAGAGUAACACCAAACAGUCCUGUGUUCAUUGGAGAGACAGUCACUCUGAAGUGUGAGAUAAAGGAUCAGUACAGAUCAUUAAACUGGAGAUAUCAGUGGUAUAAAAACACAACUGCAGUGUUAAACUUUGAGAAUUACACUGUAAACAGAGACUCUCUCACUAUCACUGGAGUUAAUGAAUCUGAUCAGGAUGAGUUCAGCUGUAGAGCAGAGAUAAACGGACGACCAAAGACUUCACUAUCAAGCUCUGAGUUUCAUCUCGCUGUAAAUGAAAGACCAACACCUGAAUUGUCUGUUUGGCCUCCUGGACAUUUAUACGGAGGAGAAACUGUCAAUCUCACAUGUGUCAUCAAUAGAGGAGGAGUCACCAGCUGGCAGUACAGCUGGUAUAAAGAUGAUUCUGACAUUCAGCAUUAUGAAGAGAUUUACACAAUCAUAUCUUUUAAUGAGUCUCACGCAGGUAAAUACACCUGUAGAGGAAAUGAGACCAGAGGAUCACGAUACACACACAUCAGUAAUGCAGUUACACUGAGCGUAUCAGAAUUCUGCCAUUCGAUCUACUACUUCUGA